UAUAUGUAUGGAUCUUCAUAAUCCAUAUUAAAAUCUGACGUAAAAUACAAUAUGAAAAGUUGUGUAAUCAUAUCUAUGUAUGCAUGAAGCCAUUUAUAUAACCAUUAGUGUUACAUAAGGAAAGUACAAAACAAAUCUGUCUAUCUCCAUGUGUAAGAUGGUAGAUAGUCAAUGUAUAUCCCAUGCAUAUCUCCUACUAUCACUCUUGACACCCUUUGUAGUAAUAUUGACUACUCUAUCAGUAACAAUAGUGUACACAUAUAAAGUAAAAUCUCCACAAAAAUCUCAACAAUCAUAUACAUAGUACUUCAUAGAGAGUGAGGUAUAGAUUAAGUGGUUAGAGCUCUCCUCCCGUUUCGAAGAGAUCUUGGGAUCGAUUAUCAUCACCUACCCUCGUGGCUCUUUAAACACCAAAAAAAAAAAAAAAAAAAAACAUAGUACUCCAUACAAAAGUUUUAUCCAAUCAUUAAAGAUAUUGUACGAAUAAAAAUAAACAAAAUAAAAAAUAAAAAUAGCUGAGAAGAUAAACUUAAAAAAAUUAACCACAUAAAAUAUUAAAAAUGACCUAUUAGAGAUUUCCCAAAAAAAAAAAAACCAGUUAUCUUGAGAUUGAGUUUUUAUCCGAAUGCCUAAUAUCAAUACUUAUUUGGGUAAACAAAUGACCCCAUCAAAAUAAUUUAAACACUGAAAAUAAAGAUGAAUUAGGUACCGUGCAUAUAUUAUUUUGAUAAAUAUAUCCGUAUACACCAUCUAAUUCAUUCCUUAAAGUGAUGAUUCAGUGUCACCCGAAAAUAGCUUGGAGAGAAAUAUGUGCAUAGCAGCAAGUUGCAGAAUUAUCAAUCCCGCUAAUACAGCACAUAGUUAGAGUCAACUAUAGAACAAUACUGGACAUGUGGGUUUGAAUUUUGAUUCUAUCAUAUUUUUUUGAAUUUUUUUUUCCCCAAUUUUACAAUUUUAUAGAGUUGAGAAGUCACCAAAUCUCACAUCAUAGUCCUUUUGUAACAAAGUUGUUAUACAUAUACUCCAUAUUAGUAGGGGAGAAUUUGUACAAAACAAAGUCCAAUAACUCCCACUCUUUUAUCACUCAUAUUUUCUGAUCUGACCAAGAUUCACUCAGAAAAUAUGGGGGAUGAGAGGCCAGAAAGAGAGAUACAGCGGUUGGAGGUGGAGGAGGAUCAACAGGAGGAGUCCGAAUUCGACUUGAGGAAGAAAAUCCCACCAUGGAAUAAACAGAUUACAAUACGAGGUUUGGUUGCAAGUACAAUCAUAGGUGUUCUCUACUGCAUCAUUAUAAUGAGGAUAAGCCUCACUACUGGUCUGAGUCCUAACCUGAAUGUCUCUGUUGCUCUUCUCGCGUUCAUUUUUAUACAAUCAUGGACUAAGAUCCUUCAGAAGACCUCAUUUUUGUCUGUGCCUUUCACUAGACAGGAAAAUACCAUGAUUCAGACGUGUGCUGUUGCCUGCUACAGCAUAUCCAUUUCAGGUGGAUACGGGGCAUAUCUGUUGGCACUAAACAAGAAAACAUACGAGCUUGCCGGAGUAAACACACCAGCGAACCACCCAGGAAGUUACAUGGAGCUAAAACUAGGUUGGGUGAUUGGUUAUAACUUGAUUGUCUGUUUUGUUGGACUGUUUGUGUUGAUCCCACUUCGGAAGAUAUUGAUAGUUGACUACAAAUUGCCCUUCCCAAGUGGCUUGGCAACUGCUGUUCUCAUUAAUGGAUUUCAUUCAAAGGGAGAUAAACUGUCAAGGAAGCAGGUGCGAGGAUUCAUGAAGUACUUUUCAUUCAGUUUCCUCUGGGGUUUUUUCCAGUGGUUUUUCACUGGGAAAGCAGGGGACUGUGGAUUCAGCCAGUUCCCGACUUUUGGCCUUCAAGCUUGGAAACAAUCAUUUUACUUCGACUUCAGCCUAACAUAUAUUGGCACGGGAAUGAUUUGUUCUCAUCUUGUUAAUUUAUCUUUGCUUCUGGGAGCCGUGAUCUCAUGGGGUAUUAUGUGGCCACUCAUCAAUAAACUCGAAGGAAACUGGUUCCCUGCAGAUUUACCAGGUUACAGCAUGCAGGGACUCAGUGGCUACAAGGUAUUCAUUUCCAUUGCCCUCAUUUUUGGGGAUGGGUUAUAUAUCUUCCUCAAAGUAAUUUAUAUUAUCAUAAAAAACAUUCAUGAUAGAACGAAAAACCAGACCCCCAAUACAGAUGAUAAUAAUCAGAACACAAAUCCUGAUCUCCAUAAACAAAAUGAACUUUUUGUAAGGGAAAGGAUUCCAAUGUGGAUUUCAGGCGCUGGAUACAUCCCCCUCUCCAUCGUCUCCACCAUCGUGAUUCCUUUUAUGUUUCCCCAGAUUAAAUGGUAUUAUGUCAUUGUAGCAUAUAUUCUCUCUCCAAUUAUAUCUUUUGCCAAUGCAUAUGGAGCUGGUUUAACUGAUCAGAACAUGGCAUACAAUUAUGGGAAAGUAGCCAUUUUCAUCCUGGCUGCCCUUGCUGGGAAAGACAAUGGAUUGGUAGCAGGGCUUGUAGGCUGUGGUGUCAUCAAGUCAGUUGCCUUUGUUUCUUGCACUCUAAUGCAAGAUUUCAAAACAGGCCACAUGACCCUAUCAUCCCCUCGCUCAAUGCUCAUCAGCCAAGCGGUGGGCACCGCAAUUGGAUGCAUUGCAGCUUCUCUAAGCUUCUUCUUGUUCUACCAAGCAUUCGACGUGGGAAAUCCUACUGGGGAAUACAAAGCACCUUACGCCCUAAUUUACAGGAACAUGGCAAUUUUGGGGGUCCAGGGAUUCUCGGCACUUCCUCAACAUUGUUUGCAGCUCUGCUACGGGUUUUUUGCAAUAGCAGUAGGACUAAACCUGCUGCGAGACCUACUACCAUCCAGGAUUGGAAAAUUGAUGCCACUUCCAAUGGUUAUGGCAGUGCCAUUUUUGGUGGGGGGAUAUUUUGCAAUUGAUAUGUGUGUGGGAAGUUUGAUAGUCUUCACAUGGCAAAAACUUAACCCAAAGAAGGCUAACUUUAUGAUUCCAGUUGUUGCAUCAGGUUUCAUUAGUGGGGAAGGGAUUUGGAGCCUCCCGGCUGCUCUUCUGGCUUUAGCCAAAGUUAAAGCUCCAAUAUGUAUGAAAUUUUUGGCUUCCUCAGCCUCCUAGAUGAAUUUGUAGACUUUUUAAAAAAAUUAUUUAUACAUAUAGACAUAUAGUCUGUGACAACGGAGUUAAUUAUCUCCAAACAUUAGAUAAUUCUGAUUUCUACACUAA